AUGAGGAAACGUAGCUCCCAUGUGCAACAUUGUCAUAAUAGGAUUCCUCCUAGCUUUUUCCAUGAUCGAGCCCACGAUUUAUAUGAUCAUAUCGGAGUAUAUAAUAACGUAAAGACCAAGUUUCAGCCAUCAGAUGACAUACCCUCAUCAGAUUUGCUCAUUUGCAUAGAUUCAUCUUAUUGCACGCAAGACGCGACGGGCCAUGGCGCCGUCACGCACAGGCCGACUGUUGCCGCCGCCGGAAACAACGACGCCGGCGUGCACGCUUCCUUACGACCUUGUCCUCGAGAUAGUUGCGCGGUCGGACGUCGUCACGGUCGUCUGCUCCGCCGCGACAUCCUCAGCCCGGCCUUCAUCCGCCGCGUCUGCCAGCACGGACCAAACGGCGGCAUCGUGCCCCCGUUCCUCGUCGGCUACCUCCGCGUCCACAACAACGCGGGGGAGAAGAGGACGUCCUGCUUCUCCCUGGUGCACCCGGCGACGCCCGCCGCGACGUCCUUCUCCGAGGACCACCUGGCGCCGUUCCUGUCCCGCAGAGCCGCCGCCGACCUCAGUAGACGAUACAUGCCCCAGACGUCGCGGAACGGCCUCGCCGUGCUCCGCCGCGGGUCGUCGGCCAUCUGCGUGUACGACCCCAUGACCGGCAAACGGGCGUACCUCUCGCGUCCGCUGGACAUUUGCCGGUAUGGGGUUUGCACGUACGUCCUGCUCACCGCUGCGGACGGCAUCGGCUGCUCCUUCUUUCUCCUCGCCACGGAUUCGAGCUUUUCCUGCAUCCAGCUGUGCCGUCGUCCUCGACGGCUUGGGAGCCCCCCGAACAUUUACAUCCUCACCUACGAUGUCCCUCGACAUGGCACGCGCGCGGCGACGACGACAGGGUCGAUUGAGGUCCCCAAGGCCUGCCUGCCGGGCCGCUGCGAAGAGUCUGAUCUCCACCUGACGUCGUCGCCGAACGGGAGGCUGUGCUUGCUCGUCGCCGACAGGUUCACCAUAUCGAUCUGGCUGCUGUCCGGCAGCACCGAUUGGGCACGGCAGUCUGUGAUCGACACGGAGGCCAUCGUUCGGUCCAUGUCGCCCAAGCUGCUGCAGUCUGAGUGGCCUAGCAAGGUGGACUUCGUGAGGUCAGCGGGGUUGAGGAGCGGAGCAGUCUUGCUACGGCCCUUCAUGAGCUGGGAUUUCCUGGAUGACAAGGGUGAAAAGGGGCUCCUCCUCCUCGACGUCGGCACGGAGGAGAUGCGCAGAGUUGACAAGAAGGAAGGCUUCCCUUACGAGGUCGACAUGGAGGCACGGCUGUCAGCCAUGAAAAUCUUCGACUAG